AUGCAGUCUACCACAUCACACCGUUGUUAUUCGCCAUCUGCCACCAACAACACUGUUUUACAACGAUCGCCCAGCCCUCUAUCACAAAAGCAGCAGCAGCAGCAACACGCGAUGGAUAACCGUAAAAACAAACAACAGCAACAGCUAUCACAGCACCCCUCCUUACGACGACUGCAUUCGUGUUAUGAAACUGCACUCAAAGUGUUGCAUAUUCGAGCAAGUCGGCGGGUUGCUCCUCUUGCAGUUGAAAACAGCGACACUCAGGAGCAAAACGAUCGCUCAGUUACACCAGAUGCUGAUCAUCACUACAAUGCGGCAUGUCAACGUAGUAACAGCGACAAUACACCAACCAUCCUUAGAGAGCCAUCAUCUACUCCUUGUUCACCAGCUUCGUUUGCUUUGUCUCCAGCUAAGAGCAGUGGCUCUGGUAGCACCGCUCAUCACAGAUCACCGCCAGAAGCAAUGUUUUUGCAUGAAGAAAAAGAACGCCGACUGCAAAGCAACAGCAGCAGCAGCAACCAUGCCAAGCCAUCUAUGUCCACAUCAAUGUCGGCCAACGGUGUACUCAAUAAGGUGCUUACACGGACCAAAUCAACGUCAAGAAGUCUUGUAACCAUGGCAUCAUCAUCGGAGAAAUCCUCGCAGAAGAAUUACUUUACCAAGUUGCAACAGAAGCAUUUCCGUAUCUACGUCAAGGCACCUCAUUAUGUAGCAGGUGGCCAAAUAUCGGGCUCUGUGGUAGUAAACCUUCCUCAACACAGCUCACUGCUCAUGCCCGAUCCACUAGACGGAAUUGAAAGCUUUACUUUCCGGUUUGUAGGCAUCGAAGACAUUCACGAUCAAGCCAACUACAAUCCCGCUACUCAUACACACCAAUUUCUUGAAGUACCCAUCUUCCACUAUGGCCGAGAUAUUCUUGCGGCAUGCCACAAUCAUAAUGGAGCGCUCAAGAUUCCGUUCACAGUCCAACUUCCGGUAGACUUGGGCGCAAGCUAUGCAGACAAGAAGGCCUGGGUGCGCUAUCUACUGCAAACGUAA